UAUGACAAGAAAUAUUUCCUUUUUUUCAAACAAUGUGAACUAGGAAAGCAUGCAUGUUGUAUUUCGUGUUAUAAUUUCUCUGUAUUGCUUUGGAUGGAGUUUAUCGGAACUUGUAUGUAACAUCCAAAACAUCUCUGACCAGACAAAUUAUCAACUGGAAAAAUUUAACGAGACAUGCAUUGAGAAGGGUCCUAGGUUUUGCAUACCAGAUAUGUAUAGUAGUCUAAUGCAAAACAAUGUAAAGCCAAGUAAUUUAAAGUUAAACCCCGAAAACAAAACUUGGAUUAUUUCGUGGGAAUCUCCAAAAGACAGGGUUUACAUUGAAUUGAACGGAUUCAUCAUCAUAAUACUUGCUGGUUUUGAGGACAUACAUAUGUACCGGUUAAAAAUUACCCGUCUUGUUAGAACUGAGUAUUUUAAAAUAAAAUGUUCAUUUACAACAAGACCAAACAAGAUACCAGUUGUCGGUGAAGUCUGCGUUCAAACAUUACCUAGGUCUCAGUUUAGAACUCAGAAGAAGGAUUAUGAGCUUUGUUACAAUGUUAAUGAUGUAAAAACAACACAAGGUACAGCUAAACCACUUUUACCAUCGUUAUCACCUUCUCUCAUUACCCACGACCCGAUCCUAGUCACAAACAUUGAACAUUUAUCUGGAUCAAACACUAACAAUUAUGGUUUAAUCGGUGGAGUGGCUGUAUCAGCCUGUCUCAUACUGUCAGUCAUCAUAGGGAUACUGUUUUAUAAGCAUUACCGCUGUAAACUGAAAAGCACACCAUCUGAAGUUGAUCAACACUCAGAACAGCAUUCCAAUGAUUUCAGUCAGUCAGAUGACACUUCAGAUGUAGAAAUCGACGAUUGUCCGGUUCAUGGUGGUGUAACGCAUAAUGUUACAUGCUCUAUUGAUACAGUAGACCAUAACAUGCGUCCAGUUUCUUACCCGAUCGACAGACACUAUAGAGGAGGCAAUUAUUUACAUUCAGCCUUUUCUGUCAGGCAGAAUACAUCGCAUUUGUAUAAUACAUAUCGUUUAUCAAACAGUAACAAUUCAGCAACAUUAGAUUCAGAGCUUAACAAGCAAAUAAUUGACAUUAAUUUUAGAUAGAAUCUCAGCCCAUAACAGACUAUUCUAUAUACUAGUGGUAUAAUGACACUAUUGUAUACGUCAGAUGUUAAUAUUAUCAUAACAUGCAUUUGGUUAUAUAAUUUCA